AUUUUGAAGAAGACGAAAAACCCAAACCCAAUCUUCGAGCACUUUUGCAGAGGGAUUCGGGUGCUGUGCUAGCUAGUGUGGUACCACAGUCGUUUUCUCUUCAAGACUGCACAGUGCAUGCAUGGCAACAGGUUCACAAGUCCAAUUUGCAGGCAACAGCUCCUGUACGUUUUCAUAAAGAAGGAUUCGAUUCUAUUCUAUUCCGUAGUUAGAGCAGAACAAUGCCCAAGUCGAAAUCCAAGUCCCCAAAUCGUCGUCGUGGGGCCAAAUCCUCGGUUCGCAACAGCGACGCCACCGAAGUGGCAUCCAACGCGCCCAGUCGAACCACGGCUCGCAGCAGCAGCAACGAUACUACAUCCUCGACCGGCCGCCGUUUGGUCAUUCGACCCUUGGCAUCCGUGGGCGAUAGCGGGAAGCCUUCCACAUCAGUGUCCAAGGAUCUCCGUCGUGUCUCGAAUUUCAUUGAAGAUGAACGUCAUUUGGUGGCCUACGAAUUGUAUCGAAAUGUCAAGCCUCGUUGGGAAGCUUUGAUACACGAGAAACGAGGAUACGAUGCGGCUGCCACGGAAAAAGCAAACGAGAAAAAAGGCCGUGCUUGGAUGAAAAAGGGAGCCAACGAGGAAGAGAAAUUCGAUUUGAAAGAAUUUGAGGCGGCCAAUGCAAUCUUUCAAAAACACAAGGAAAAGUUCGCUUUGCUCAUGAAAAGAGCGCCUCUGUUACUGGAGUGUCGGGACAAUAUGGACCAAUCGGAAGGAUGGACGUUGGCGCAAACUCUAUUCGGUGUUACAACCUGCUAUCGCCGUGAAGACGACGGAAGUUUGAGUAUCAAACUCGACGGAGAGCUCAAGGGUGUUCCCUUAUUUGAACAGGUGGCUGUAUUGCGAGAAGUCGAUUUGCACUCGUUUUGGGCUCCCUUUGUUUCUUCCAGUCAAACACUGGCGCAUUUGGACAAACUAGAUACUGUGGGUUGGUUCCAAGUCGGUCUACCCAAUUUCGGCGUCGCCAGAGACAGCGUUUUUCGGGCUAUGGGGUGCGAUUGCGUGGCCGAGGAUGAAUCUGUCUUGUUGGUCGGUCGUGGUGUCGAGGACCGACCUCCGGGUGUGGAUGUUCCAGACUCCCGGGCCAAGUUUAUGGUCGAAGAUCCCGUCCUAAAAACACUGGAUAUCCCUCCUUGGCCCACACGAAUGGGGGCUGGACGCAUGACCAUGAAACGUUUCGAAGCAAAGAUUAAAGUUAUGGGCCCGGAUCAUUGUCACACAUACCUGAUAGCCAACUUGGAUCCCAACUUGGCAUUCAUCCCCACGUCAUUGCUGGAAUAUGUCAUGAAGAAACUAUGUGGAUUCCUGCUGAACAAACUGCAGGGCGCAGCCAAGAAAAUUCCCAAGGAUCCUGUCAGGAACGUCCACGCCCAACGAAUGCGCGACGAAGCGGCGUUUUAUCGAGAUUGGUUGUAUCCAAAGUUCAAUGCCAUCGCUGCCGAAAAAGGAUGGGUCAUGUCACCGAUUUCCGCGUUUGAAUUGACGGAAUCGCAGCAAAUGGAGGUGAAUAAACUCAAUGCACGAAGGACGACGAAGAUGCACAGCUUUAGUGAAUUUGAUCCGGGAAAUUCAAGCAAGGAAAAGGUCAAAAUUGAUUCCACCAGGAGUGAACCAGGAACGUACCGCCCUCGUAGCAAGCAGACCAAGAGGAGUAAUUCCUCGGGUGAUGAGGAUGACGACUCCGACAACUCGGACAUUAGUAGCUUGUCGGGCACAUCACAAUCCAUUUGGUCGAGGAAUCCAAUUUCGUCCUAUCUUCGUGACGUCGAAGCCAGGACGCAGGAACGCAAAGACAAGGCGAAGCAGGAUUCCCAACGAAAGGCUCUCGCUCGUUUGCGCCCGAGACCCAUAUCAGUCGACAAGCAGGAACGUCUACUGGAACUUAAAAAGUGCAAGCAACGAAAGCUGCAGAAUCGUUGGUCGUCAAUGGAUUCGAUGGAUACGUUGCCGCCUGUUGAGGAAACGGAUGGUGACACUGUCGUCACAGGCCGAUCAGUCCCAUACUCCCCCAUGACAGCGUCCAUGAAGGGACACGGACGGUGGCCGCGCUUCUUGUUGGUUUCUAUGGCAAUUUUGUUCUUGUCAACCAUGCUGCAUGCGAGCAAGUUCCUUCUGCCGUCAUUUGGCAGUCACGGAUUCGUCUCGGUGAUGCUGCGAGAAUUGUUUGCUGUCUCUUAUUUGGGCCUUUGCGGUGUGGCACACUUUGCGAUUUGCGACAUGCUGUUAAUUUACGCAUUCGAAGCCUUUGAAUUGGGAAUGAAAUCUGGAGAGCAGGUCAAGACAUUCUACCGCGGGCAAGUGCGUUUUGGCACCGCGGCUGUGUCAGGAAUGCUGGUGGUGUCUAGCGUUUCAAAGGCUGUGGUUCUUGCGACAAUUAAGUCCGCCAUUACGGCCGUUGCCAAUACAUACAACCACCACAUGAGCGGCAGCGACGCCGAAGAAGAAUUGAUUGACGGGGUAGCAGAUUCGGUAAAAGAACCAGCAACCAAUCUGGCAAUGCAAAUCAACGAAACAUUGGGCUCGAUGCUCCCUGGCUCUUUCAUUCUGGGCUACUCAGCACUUGCGAGCUUUCUCGGUGACAGUCACGUCACUGUGGCGAGCUUUCUCGUUCACAGCUACGCCACUGUGAUGAGCUUUCUCGUUCACAGCUACACCACUGUGAUGAGUAUUUCUCACUCAGUGUUUGACUGGCAAAUGGCGGUCUUUGUCCGUUCCAACUUUCUGGGUCGGUCGCUGGAACGCGUGAUUACAGGUACCUACGACUGGUGGAUCGGUUUGCUGACUGGAGUUGCAAACGGAAUGUUGUCCUUUGCAUCUUGCGACGACCCGUCUUCGGAGGCGUUUUCCUGGCGGGAAGAUGCUACGGCAACGUUGCGGCCACUUUUGUUAUACACCGUGGUCUUUCUGUGGGUGGUUCUGGGUCUCGUGAACAUUUUGGCCCAGAGUUAUCGGCACCGCAAGUUGGAUCCUGAUGCCGCAGCGUCAUUGGCUGCCACUUCAACCAACAGCGACAACAGUGGCAGCUUCGUUCCAAACAUGAAUGGCGACAGGACGAAGUCGUCCUCCGCCCCUCUUGACUCUGCUAGCAAACGGUCCAAUUCCAGCAGCAGAAGGAGGUUGAGGUUCAACCGGAAAAAGAAGGAAGCGCUGGAGGACGACGAUUCCAUGAUGUGAGCGUUCAGGAGUCAAAGAGUGGGAGGGCGGGA